AGUCUGCUGAUCAGGGCAUUACUCACACUUGUCAUCAUGUUAGCAGAAGGCAUCUUAACGAGGCUCAUAUAUAAAGAAAGCUGUCAUCAAGACAAGCCUUGCAAAUCUCCUGCAUCCAGAAAGGAUCAAGAGGGAAUCUGGAGGCAGAAACUUGUAGACAAUGUAAAAAUUAAAUGGAUUGCUGCUGGACAUGAGAAGCUGGAUGAGAUCUCUGCUGGAAGUGGCAAAGUGGAGCACAGGAGCGGUCCCGAGUGGAGAGUCAUGAAAGAGGUACCUGCAAAAGAUAACCAAAUGCUUGUUAAAGGAACUGUGUCACCAGCUUUACACAUCCCCAGAAGAGAGCAACCUGCUGAAGAGCUGCACUUGUAUAGAUCCUGGCCUUGCAACAGCAUCUAUCAAAACUAUCCUGACCUACAUAUUGGGGGAGACCAUGUGGGGGACCACACAUGCGAUUCGGGUUGUGUUUUGGACCAUGUGUGUGAAGAGCUUCCCAGUGGCCCUCUUUUGCAGUCCAUAGAUAUUCCUCUAGGCCAGUCCCCUCUGUGGAAGCAUCCUGAAAAGCCAAGUACAAAGUUCCUCUCUGCAGAUGAAGCUGAAGAAAGGAGCAUGAUGCUCUGUGAGGAGCCUCUUUCAAACUCCAUGCUCAACAGGUACAUGGAAGCAAAAGUGGCAGAGCUCUAUAAACAUUUAUUUGAGGAGAGCUUGGCCAGGUGUGGUUCUGUUACAAACCUCCUCACUUGCAGUUGGAUAAGGAAUAACCUGAACCAGAUAAGCCUUCAGAUAUCCCAGGAGCAGCACAUAGAAGCCUCAAAAGCUAGAGAAGUCCUCUUGCACUCCUUAGCUUUGUUUAGCCUGCACAACACCGCCAGCAGAAACAGCUCCGAAUUCAGCACUCCAAACCUGCAAAUCUCAAACCCAGCAGGUGUGACAAAGAACUGCAGGAUGCAGGUGAUGCCCUGA